ACAUCUAUGGUUUAAUACGUAAACUUGGCAUCGCAGCCACAGCUGUUUUGCUAUAUUUUCUCAUUGUCAUAAAUUUGCUAUUUUUUGACUUAUUCGACAAUUAUAUUGUGAAUAAAUAUGGGAAAAUCUAAAGGAAAAAAGAAGGCAGGGCAAAGUUUGCCCACUGAAGGGACACCACCUGAACAAUCAACAUCAAGGCCCGUCCAAUCUGUAGGGCCGUCCCAACUAGGGCAAGGACGCUCUAUUCAACAAGAUCCUUCACAAGAAGGUCUUAGGGCUAGUCAGGGAACGCAGCCUGUCCAUGUCAGCCCUGAACAUGGGCAAGGAUCCUGGAGGCAACAGGAACCCCAAGAAGUACCAGUACAAGUACAGACACUGCAGGGAGGAAGAGGCCAGCAUUGGGGUCAGGGUCGAGGUGCUGGUCAAGGAAGAGCUCAAACUAAAGGUCGCGGGCAUGAGCAACCUCGUUAUUUUUCCCAGGACCAACCUGUGGGUCAAGAUGUAUACAGUCAGGCACCAGGUGGACAACCUCAACAAUUUAUGCCAACACAGCGAGGUCGGGGACAAGGUAUGGGUCAGGGCCGAGGUAGAGGUCAAGGUCAAGGGCAUGAACAACCUGGUCACUUUUCCCAGCACCAACCUGUGGGUUAUGGUCAGGCACCAGAUGGACAACCUCAACAAUUUAUGCCAACACAGCGAGGUCGGGGACAAGGUAUGGGUCAGGCCCGAGGUAGAGGUCAAGGUCAAGGGCAUGAACAACCUGGUCACUUUUCCCAGCACCAACCUGUGGGUUAUGGUCAGGCACCAGAUGGACAACCUGAACAAUUUAUGCCAACACAGCGAGGUCGGGGACGAGGUAUGGGUCAGGCCCGAGGUAGAGGUCAAGGUCAAGGGCAUGAACAACCUGGUCAUUUUUCCCAGCACCAACCUGUGGGUUAUGGUCAGGCACCAGAUGGACAACCUCAACAGUUUAUGCCAACACAGCGAGGUCGGGGACGAGGUAUGGGUCAGGCUCGAGGUGGAGGUCAAGGUCAAGGGUAUAAACAACCCGGUCAUUUUUCCCAGCACCAACCUGUUGGUGAUGAUGUAUACAGUCAGACACCGGGUGGCCAGCCUCCACAAUUGGUAGAAACACAGUUAAUUCAAGAGCGAGGUCAGGAGCGGGGUAUAGGUCAGGAUCAAUGGCAUGAACAACCAGGUAGGCUGCAGACACCUCCACAGCCUCAAACCCAACCCGCAGCACAAGCUGGAGAUCAAGUUGAGGCGAUUAAAAAAACCACUGAGGGCAUGGCUAAUGUCAAACUGGCGGCUUCUGAUGAUUCCGCUGUGGUAUCAAAAGUGAAAAUUGCACCCGGCAGGCAAGGGCGCAUUAUCAAGGUCGAAUCAAAUCAUUUACAACUCUCACUGGGUAAUUUAAAAGAGGUGUUCCAUUACGACGUCAGUAUUCAACCCGACACUCCCAAGAAAUUCAUGCGCCCCGUGGUCGAGUUGUUCCGUAGGAAACGGUUCCCGAAUCGGUAUCCGGCCUACGAUGGUCGAAAGAACAUGAUCACAUCGUUUAUGCUCAGCAACAACAUCUACGACAUCAUCGAGGACGUCAUCGACAUCACGGAGGAAGAUGGACGCACUAAGACAUUCAAGAUCGAGGUGAAAUAUGCUAACACAGUAGACCUGACGCCGCUUAGGAACCUGGAUAAAUCGCCGGUCACGCCGCAGCUCGCCCUCCAGUGCAUUGACAUUAUACUGAGAAGCGCUCCAGUGGCCACAUGCCUGCCCGUCGGCAGGUCAUUUUUUAUCAAGCCCAAUCAGAUUAUCGAUUUGGGACAGGGUAUGGAAAUGUACCACGGCUUCUAUCAGUCGGCGAUUAGGGGUUGGAAGCCGCUGUUGAACGUAGACGUGGCGCACAAGGCUUUCCCAAAAGCGAUUAGGGCGAUUGACGCGCUGGGCGAGCUCUUGAGCACCGGAAGGCAAGAAGUCCGUGUGGACAAUUUAAGAGGUCUGGAUCGAUACCAAACGGAAACCCUCGACAAAUUCAUAAAAACCCUUCGGAUCAAUUAUGAAAUACCCGGCCACCCUGGUACCAAGCGUGGUUACCGAGUGAACGGCACUGAUAAGCCGCCCAGUAUGGCCAAGUUUAAGCACCAGGAACGCACUAUGACUAUUGAGGAGUACUUCAGGACUGUGAAAAACUAUAAGCUAAGGUAUCCGGAUCUGCCUACACUGUGGGUGGGUAGUCACCAACGGGCUGACAAAAUUCUGCUACCUUUGGAAUUAUGCACUAUUGUCGAGGGCCAGGCAUUGAAUAGGAAGAUGACAGAGAUGCAAACUAGCAAGAUGAUUAGAUAUGCAGCCACCGACACUGGUACCCGCAAGUCAAAGAUCAUGAACGGGUUGCAGAGAGCGAAUUAUAACAAUAACGCUUGCGUGCGGGAGUUUGGUAUAUCGGUCGGUAGCGAAUUUCAGAAGUUGGAUGCACGGGUACUUAUGCCCCCCGGAUUGCAAUACGCGCAGUCACGGGUGCAACCUCGGAGAGGGGUGUGGCACAACGAUAAGUUCUUAACGCCAAUGGUCAUUGGCAAGUGGACCAUUGCUAGUGUCGUGCCCCGUUAUGGGCCGCGACCUGACGACUUGAAGCGGAUGGCUGACAUGCUUUUUAAGGCCGCGAGCCAGGUAGGCAUGAGGUUUGGAACGGCCGCACAGGAACCUUUCGUCAGCGUUCAGCCGCGACAGGAUCUCCAAUCGAUCAUCAACUUUUUCAAAGGGCAAAAGGACAAAGACUUCUCUGUCAUAUUCGUUGUGGUACCGGAUAGUGGCCCCCAAUACUCCUUCGUUAAGCAAGCAGCUGAGUUAAAUGUCGGUUGUUUGACACAAUGCAUUAAGUCGGGCACCGUUGGAAGGCGCAUGAACCCCCAAACUGCGCUCAACAUCCUUUUGAAGGUAAAUAGCAAGUUGAACGGCGUGAACCACUCGCUGGCCGAGGCGCCUCCGGUGAUGCGUCGCCCCGUGAUGAUAAUGGGCGCUGAUGUAACCCACCCGGGUCCUGAUGCCACUACCAUACCCAGCGUCGCGGCGGUGACCGCUUCCCACGACCCGAAGGCGUUCCAAUAUAAUAUCUGCUGGCGGCUCCAGUCACCUCGGACAGAAAUCAUCGAAGAUUUGGAAGCGAUUGUGAUCGAGCAGCUAAAAUUCUUCUAUAACAAAACCAAACACAAGCCGGAGGCCAUCGUGUUUUUUAGGGAUGGCGUGUCCGAGGGUCAAUUUGAGCAGGUUCAAAAUGCAGAGAUACGCGCAAUCCGAAGCGCUUGCAAAAAAGUGCAACAACAGGAUUAUGAGCCAAAGAUCACGUUUGUGGUGGUGCAGAAGCGGCACCACACUAGGCUAUUUCCAUUGGAUCCAAGGGAUUCUGAAGACAAGAACACAAAUGUCCCUGCGGGCACGUGCGUCGACACGGUGAUCACUCACCCCUUUAUGCAGGACUUUUAUCUAGUGUCGCACGCCAGCAUUCAGGGGGUGGCCAAACCCACUAAGUACUGCACUCUGUGGGACGACAAUCAUUUGGACAACGAUCAGGUGGAGCAACUGGCGUACUAUCUUUGUCACAUGUUCACCAGAUGUAAUCGGUCCGUCAGUUAUCCUGCCCCCACGUAUUACGCUCAUUUGGCAGCCGCGAGGGCAAAGGUGUACAUCGAAAAUGAUAGACUGAACAUGAACGCCCUAAGGAAGGAAUUUGAACGCUACCAGAUCAAAGACGAGAUUCGUAAAGACCUGCCCAUGUUUUUCGUUUGAGACAUUUUUGAGCUUAUUAAUCUUAUAUGUUAUCCUCUUGUGUGUAUACUAUUCUUUAAUGAAAUUCCUGUCACUUUAAUUAAUGAACAAGAAAAAAUAUAACUCUUCAUAUUUGCUUGAACAUUUAUUUCCCUUUUUCGAUAAUAAAAAAAUUAGUAUGUGGUAAAUAUAUAUUUCAAUAAAUCCUUGUUUACCUGUCA